UUACAUUUGGAUGACUUUCUAUGGGGUCUGAAAACACAUGUUGACACAACUUGUCCCCGUCUGUCUCCAGGAGCAGCUGGAGGAGCACCGUCCGGGCCAGGAGCUGGAGGAGGGCUGGAUCCUGGUGUGCAAACACACGGAGGGGGGGGACAGGCUGGUGCCGGUGGAGUCUCCGGAGACCAUCAGCCGACAGCAGCAGCUCUUCGGAUACGACCACAAGCCCUGCAACCGCUGGGAGCAGGUGGUGGGGGUGGAGAACGCCCUGCACAUCGGCUCCAAGCCCAAGAUCGCUGAGUGUGAUGAUUCUGCCGUCCAGAAGCUGAGGUUUGUUCCCCCCACCUGGUCAUACGAGUGUGACGAGGACCUGGUGCACUACUUCUACGACCACAUAGGGAAAGAGGACGAGAACCUGGGCAGCGUGAAGCAGUGCGUCACCAGCAUCGAUGUUUCUUCAUGUUCGGAGGAUCCCAGCGGGGGGGCGAGCUACCUGACGGACGGCGACCCUGAGACGUUCUGGGAGAGCGACGGCAUGCAGGGCCAGCACUGGAUCCGCCUGCACAUGAGGAGAGGCACCGUGGUGAAUAAGCUGAUAUUGACGGUAGACUCCACAGAUGAUAACUACAUGCCCAAAAGAGUCACAGUGUACGGAGGAGAGGGAGACAACCUGAAGAAGCUCAGUGACGUCACCAUAGACGACAACCUGAUUGGAGAGGUGUGUGUGCUGGAGGAUAUGACGGCUCACCUGCCUGUGAUUGAGGUUCGGAUUGAGGAAUGUAGAGAUGAGGGCAUAGACGUCCGGAUCCGAGGCUUGAAGAUUAAGUCGUCCUGUGAGAGAGACCUGGGUCUGAACGCAGAUGUUUUCCAGUCCUCCAACCUGGUGCGCUACCCCCGCCUGCAGGGCAACACGCCCGACGUCCUGUACCACAGAGCACUCGUCAUACAGAGGUUCAUCUGUCUGCUGGACAGCUUGAUCCCACACCUGGUUCCCGCCUGGGAUUACAGUCUGGGAACCUUCAACCAGAUCAAAAGCAUAAAGCAGUUCCUGCUGCUGUCCAAGCGGCGCUCGGCGCUCAUCACUCAGUGCCUGAAGGACUCGGAGACCAGCAAGCCCAACUUCAUGCCCCCACUCUACAUCAACCGCCGGCUGGCCAUGGAGCACCGAGACAACCCCUCUCUGGACCCCAGCUGCAAGAACGCUGUGCUCAAUCAGGUGUAUGAAGGCCUCAAACCAUCUGACAAAUUUGAGAAGACUUUGGAUUACAGAUGGCCGGCGCGGUACGACCAGUGGUGGGAGUGUAAGUUCAUCGCCGAGGGGAUCAUCGAUCAGGGAGGAGGGUUUCGGGACAGCCUGGCUGACAUGUCGGAGGAACUCUGUCCCUGCUCAGCCGAGUGCGCCAUGCCGCUGCCCUUCUUCAGCCGCACGUCCAACCAGGGCUCCUUAGAGGCCAGAGAUUACUACGUCCCCAACCCGUCCUGUAGAGAGUUCAACAAGUACGAGUGGAUCGGCCAGCUGAUGGGAGCGGCCCUCAGAGGAAAAGACUUCCUGGUGUUGGCGCUGCCCGGGCUCGUGUGGAAGCAGCUGACCGGAGAGGCAGUCAGCUGGAACAAAGACUUCCCCGCUGUAGACUCUGUGCUGGUGAACCUGCUGGAUGCCAUGGAGAACAUGGACCAGGAGACGUAUGAGUUCAGGUUUGGGGAGGAGCUGGUUUACACCACCCUGCUGAGCGACGGCCAGAUGGUGGAGCUCAUCCCUGGCGGCAGUAAUGUUGCCGUUGGUUACGAAGAACGCAGCGAGUUCGUCCGCCUGGUGCAGAAAGCUCGGCUGGAGGAGAGCAGGCAGCAGGUGGGACUGCCUUUCUUCACACUGCUAGUUGUUCCAAAGUCAGCUAAAUCCCUGAAGUGCAUGUGCCUGACGGUGAGAAUAGUGAAUGCUUACUGA